AUGUCCGGCGCCGACGCGCCCGAGAUCAUCGCGGCUUACGAUGCCGUGCGCUCGGACAAGGACGAGACCAACUGGCUCCUGAUCUCGUACGCGGGCGCCGUGGGCGACAAGCUGAAGUUGACGGGCACGGGCACGGGCGGGCUGUCGGAGCUCGCGAGCAACCUCGACGACAGCCAGGCGCAGUACGCAUACGUCCGCGUCGAGUAUGCCAACGAUACCGAGUCCAAGAGGGUCAAGUUUGCGCUGGUCAUCUGGAUCGGCGAGAACACAAAGGUCAUGCGCAAGGCGCGCGUGAGCAUCGAGAGCGGCAACGUCAAGAGGGUGCUUGCGCACCACUCGAUCCAGGUCGACGCCCGGGACAAGGCCGACCUGAGCGAAAAGGAGAUUGUGCCCAGGUUACGGAAAGCCGGCGGCGCUGAUUACAACGGAGGGAGGGGUUAG